AUGGGCUCCAAGCUGUGGCUGCUCACAGACAAAUAUAUCUUGGGGGAAUACCAUCAGACGAAGAUCUUGGAAGCUCUAAAGCAACGCUGCAGGGACCAAGAUGUGGAUUUCACGCUGGUUUUAAUGGAUCAGAUAGCUCUCACCGUCAUUGAUGGAGAGUUAGGUAAGCUACACUUGUCCUGCUUAUCAUGAUUGCACCAAAGAACAUUCUGCAAGGAAAUAGAGCCCUUUUAUUUAUUGCUAAUUUAAAAAAAAAAAAAAAAUACCUGGAAAAGUGAAGUCUAUCCCUCUCUCCUUAAAAUAAUAGUAUAAUAAUAAUAACAACAGGACCAGAAUCAGGGCUCUAGACAAACUGGGACACUGGGACUGGCAGAUUUUGACUGGGGGUUGGUGUGGCUAGAUGGUGCAAGAUGAUGCAAACUGUAACCACUGCAGAAGAUGUGUAUACUCCUGCAUCUAUCUAGAAGCAGGACUGGUGACAUUUACCAAUAGACUUGUUCAAGCUAACUUUUAAGAAUGGAUAUCCCCAUUAUUUUUUUUUCGGUGGCAUAUAUUGAAAGCAAUGUUCUCAGCUGAGAAGUGAAUACUGCAAGCUGUGAAAUGGAUACUUCCAAGAGGUUCUGCAGUAGCUGUAGUGGAAUUUAAUGCACAUGUACUCUGCAGACAGGGAAAUAUUUACACUAAGAUCAGAAGGAUGUGGGUGUAAACACGUUAGGGCUUUUUAAAGACAUGUUUCUGUAUUGUCAUGGUGUUGCAUUUGACACAAACCAUUGAUCACAACACUUUCCUAAGGUGCACUUUUAAUAUCUAUUAAUAACUAUGUACUUGUUACUUUCAUACACUUGGGGUUAUUCACUAAAUGGUGAGCUUUCAUGAUUUAAAAAUAAUGGCAGAAUGUGGGCAAAAAUCAGAGCUGGAAAUACUCUCAAAUUCUGUUAAAUUAGAAUAACUUUUAGCUAAACUAUUUUGCCCAAUAUUUGCAAGCCAGUUGUCAAUGUAGCACAGCUCGCUGUUAAGCCAAUAGACCCCCUUGGAAAAUAUUAACUGUAUAAAAAAAACAAAAAAACACAUUAAUCAUACAUAGCCAGCCAAGAGCUGGUCAAAGAAGGUUGUAGCUUUUUUUUUUUAUUAUUAUUUAUAAACUUGUGACGCACAUAUUAUAUAAUUUAUACUUUGCGGAGUUCAAAAAUCACUUUUUCAUCCUUAAGACAUGCUGCAAUGCAUGCUAGUUAUCUUUGAGUUUGUUGCAUCUGUAGUUCACUGCUGCUCGACAUAAUCUUGCAUCAUAUUCUGGCACACUUGGUGUGUGAUAGUGCAUUUAUUGAAUAAUUAACGUCAGAUAUAGUUCAGUUAUUGUAUUUAGCAGCAGAUUAAUCAAAAUCUGAAAUGAAUUGUUGCCCACCUUACCAAAUCGCAUCUUUAUUAUUUUAUAAACGUGUACAUAUGAUGCCAAUUAUUCUGAAUUAGUAAUUCACUUAUUAUGCAUAUGUCAAAUAUAAAUACAUUUUAUGAUUCUGGAAAUCCCUUCAUCACAAUUAAAUUUACCAAGUUCUGUUUAAUCGCAGGAUGAUGUCACUGAGACAUGCACUAGGGACAUGCAAGUCAUUAGAAAAGUGAGGUUGAUUUGUGCAGAUGCAGAACAGGGACUCAUGUCUCCUACAGAUACAUUCGCUAUAUAUUGAACUGUAAACUUUCCUUUGCAGUCAUUUUAACAGCUUGUCUGCACUCUGCACAUUGCACCAAAAUAAAUUAAUUCAAAAAUAUGGAAUGCGUUGCUAUUUUCUAAAUGAUUCUGUUGAAACAAUAGGCAUUCAGAGGGUUUAAUGUGCUAUCUUUCUGCCUAUCUGUUCAUCAGUAUGUCUAUCUGUCCAUCUGUGUCAGCUAAUGCAGUUUCGGAGUGACAGGUUUUUGAACUAAGAUCACUAAACCAAAGAAAAUAAAAUAUAAUUAUUUUUCAGCUUUGCAAGGUAAUUAUAGAUAUAAAGUGCCUAAAUAUAUGGUUUAUCCAUCAGUAAUUAGUUAGCACUUAGUCAUGGGGCAAUAUGACUUGAUAAUAGCUGGCAAUGGGCUUUAGAGUUGAAACAAGGUGUUUCCAAGGGGGCUAUAGAGAAAAGAAGGGGUUAGCUCUGCCCACUCUCAGCCGCGUGUCCCCAUUCUCAGCUGCGUGUCUCCACUCUCAGCCACGUGUCCCUACUCUCACCUGCUUUUCUACACUUCUUGCCACUGCACACCCUGAUUCCACCCUGAAAACCCACUGUGUUAUCCCAUUCCUGCCCCCAUACAUAGCGGAAAGAGCCUAGGCUCUCACAGCACCAAACAAACAAAUAUUUAUUUGAGUUCAUCAAAAUUUAAAAAAUAAUAACCCAAUUUUUAUCGAAGUGGCACAAAAAAACCAAGAUAACCUGAGGUCUAAACGGGUGACAUGGAGGGCAAAUUUUAACUCCAUAAAUGUUUGCCUGAGUACUCCUUUCACAUUCCUUGUGCAUCCCAUGUCAAAUCGGUACCAGUUAUUUUAUUUCAAAAUGUUGGUCUUUAAGUUAUAUUUCGUAAGGCCUAAAUGGUGCAGUGUUUGGUGAUUGGAUCAUUGGAAGUGAGUUACUAACCAAGAUGUCUUCCUCCACCUUGGUUGAAGCAUUUUGGUCUAAAUUUUGCAUGUUAGUAGGUUAUAAGACUGAAUUUUAUUUAUACUAUAAAAUGUACAAGAAUUAAGCAAUUGGCACUCUUUAUUAGAGGCAGUCGAUGAUAAGUAGGGAAACCACCCUUCAUGGCUUAAUGGGCGUUGUUAUGGAAAAUCUAUACUGCAGUUCUCCAUUAAAAUCAAUUCUGCCCUGCGGUGCAAGUCUUUAAAGUGGAAGUGUCAUAAUAUAGCACUUUACGUUAAUUAGCAGUCCUUCCAAUAACUGUGGAUAUAGCACUAACGUUUGUAAGAGUCUUGAUAUGUGAUAUAUGUAAACUUUUCUUGCAAGUAGCUCAUUAUUCAAAGGUGCAAAAGAAAAAUGUUAUGGGCAGAACCUCUACCUCCCUCCUCCUCUGCAUCAUUUAUAACAAUCUAAUUUACAACAACUUUAAAAUGGCCCACUGAGCGCUGCAUUGCCAAGAGGUCAGAUGCAUGAUGGGAAAUGUUACAUUACAAUCCUGAGGUAUAUGUAAACAAAGUUUAAAAAAACCAUGCUCUUAAAAUGUCUAUUUAAAAAAAAAAAAUGCUGAGUGGCUUUGAAAUUUAGCACAGCAUAUAGACAGGUUUUAAAUUCUGUAUUGAUUAAUGUAAAUGUUGCCACUUUAAUUAGCAACCAUAAUUAAAAGAUCAGCAUGGAUCCUCCAGAGAAAAUAUGGCUUGUAAAUGGAGGUAUAAACGGAGAGAGUCUUCGUGUCACUUAGAUCAUAAUUUACAAACAUGACUACAGGUAUAAGUAGGAUUGCCAUAUUUUCCUGGGGACGUACAUAGCUGUGUCCUAGAAAACACGGUGGAUACAGUAUCCCUAGGUAUUACCAUCCCUUGGUAUGACAUCAUUCUGCCAACUAUAAAUGAAAAUGGUGUUUGGUCAAUCUCUGGUCUAUUCACUAAACAGCAAAGUGUAUUGCCAUCAAAACUAAGUUUAAGCACGAUGUAAGCCCUCCUAUUUUUAUUUCUCUUGAUUUUUUUGGCCGCUAGAGUUAUUAAUUGUUGGAUUCUGUAUUUUUCAUUGCGGUGGGUUGGGGGAUUUAUUAUUUGUAAAUUUAAACUUCUGGAGAUGUAAUUUAUUCAGUCCAUGUAUAACAAGCUAUUUACCCAAAUUUGCUAGAUUGACAGACUGCUAUAUGAAAAGUGUGCUUAAUCCACCAUGAAUUAUGCAGAAUUUUCAAACAUUUUACCAACACCUCAUUAAUGUAUGCUUGUAAAAGUGAGCACUGCUCUUUCUUUGCCGUUUCUCCUUUAGUUUCUUCUCUCUUUGAUCUAGAAUUGUUCUUCAUUUUUACAGUUCAUUGGCCAUGGAGCCUACAUGUUAAAUGUAUUUUUAAGAUUUUUCACCAAACUGGGAAUUGUUUGGGAAUCGACCCACGGAAUGCAAAUGUUAAGCCAAAAUAACCAAGUUGGAUGGUUUCUGUGAUUAGAUGUUUUGGCCUAGAUAUUUAAAUUCCCAUGAGAACUAUCAACUCUGCCUCAUUUUGUGGAAAAACAUUUUUAUGUACUCCGAAGCAAAACGCCUGAACUAAUUUCCAUACUUGUGUAACUAAUUGUAAUUCAGUGUGCAAUGCAGAUACUAAAGGAACAUUCUAAGCACCAAAACCACCACAACCUAAUAUUAUGAAAUUGUUGCAUAGAUGCUGUCUUUUUAUUUGGACAAUAUAAAACAUUGCCGAUUUUCAGAACUAGCACUUUUUACAUUUGUCCAAAACCAUGCCUCUAUUGGUUAUUAGACUGGAAGCCACCAGAGGUCCUUCCUCCUAAAUAGUUACUCCAAGUUGCGAUUGAGUUUGUAUUUGCAGCAUUUCACUAUAAAACGCUGCACAUACAGAGAUAUAGCCCUCAGUUGCUGUAGGUGUAGUUGGCUAGUGUGAAUUCACCAUAUGUUAGCGUCAGGAGACCAAUGGCAGCACACCCUCCCCUCAGUCCUUCAUCCCUGAUAUCACUUCCCAUCACUGUUGGAGAGUUGGGCUGCAGGGAGAACAUUGCCUCGGCACUGAUAACUGAUGUACAUUUUAUCAUUGACUGAACUGUUACUUCAUUUUUGUUUAAAGCUAGCCUGUACUCACACAGGAAAUGUUAAAAAUAUGUACACGUUUAUUUGCAAACUGCUGUAUUGAAGAGAUGUAGUAUUGAAGAGAUGUAGAGAUGUAGUUAUAAAGGUAGGAAAUUGUAGGCACUCAUGCAUGUAUGAUACAUUUUAAUGACUGAGACUGAGUGUGGUGGUGUACUUUGACUAAGUCAUAAGUGCUGCUCAAAGCAUGAUUGAGCUGUGCAUUAGGGAUCCAUGCCAACUAGAAGAAUAGAUCUCUUUGCCUUGAGAGUAGGAAUGAUAUGCCCUUCUGGAAUGGAAGCGGGGAUCUCAAGAAAGUAAGAUUUGUGGGAGUCAUGCAGAAUUCUAUUUGUCUGAUAACCUGUUCGAAAACUCCUAAAACUCUAAUACAAAGUAGGGAUUGACUGAUAUUUAUCCAGAGUUUAUGGAGAUACAGAUUAUCAGUUGCCAUUCGGGCCCAUAAAUGGUGCUGUUAUUCUGGAGCUUUUGAAAAAGCAACAAAAUAUCUACUCAACUCUGCCAUUAACUGAACAUGCUGUCAGCAAUUAUUCUACCAUCACUCUUGGAGUGAGAUCCCAGUUUAUGCAAUGCUGUUACUAAGAGCAAGCACACUCUUAUCACUCUCAGGCAGGCAGCCCAGUACACUUCAGUAGAGUGUUCACUGUCUCACAUCCUGUUUUCAGCUGAGCUCUGCAUGCGGAAACUCACAGACAGGGGUGUGUGAGGUCUUGAUAUGGAGCCUCAUUGGCUGGACGCUGGAGUUUCUGGAUGUGGAAGAUAGUGUGCAGUGACUGGGAGAGGUGAAUAAAUUAUUGGUAGUGAUGUCCCGAACGGUUCGCCGAACGGUUCGCGAACGGUUCGCGAACGGUUCGCCACGAACGGUUCGCCACGGACUCAUCAUUGAGUAAACUUUGACCCUGUACCUCACAGUCAGCAGACACAUUCCAGCCAAUCAGCAGCAGACCCUCCCUCCCAGAUCCUCCCACCUCCUGGACAGCAUCCAUUUUACAUUCAUUGUGAAGCUGCAUUCUUAAUGAGCUGUCCAGGAGGUGGGAGGAUCUGGGAGGGAGGGUCUGCUGCUGAUUGGCUGGAAUGUGUCUGCUGACUGUUAGGUACAGGGUCAAAGUUUACUCAAUGAUGAGUCCUCGACGAACCGUUCGUGGCGAACCGUUCGCGGCAAACCGUUCGUGAACCGUUCGGCGAACCGUUCGGGACAUCAAUAAUUAUUGGUAAUAUUGGUAAAUUUCAGGACUUAUUUCGAUCUCAUAAAUAAUCAGAAAUAUGCUGACUAUUGACAUUAAUAAUUGUCGGAAUCAGUCUAUCGUUAGUACAAAGUGAGGCCUCAAUCACACUCUUAACAGUUUUCAUUUUAUAAUUGUUUCUGAAUUUCAGACACAAUUGCAUCAACACAAUCCCAAUCCAAACAUGUCUCAUCUGUCUUCUGCUGGUAAUGAAACAGAAGUUUGUAGUUGUUAUCGACUUAAAACCUGCUUAAAGGCACACUAUAGUCACCAGAACAACCACAGCUUAUUGUAGUUGUUUUGGUGAGUAUAGUCAGUCUCUGUAGGCUUUUUGAGGUAGACACUGUUUUUUUCAGAGGAAAAGCAGUGUUUACAUUACAGCCUAGGGAUACCUCCCUGGCCACUCCUCAGAUGGCUAUUAGAGGUGUGUCCUGGGGCAAUGUUGCUCAGUGUGCAGCACUGACAUUCAGUGUCUCCACCCUCUGCAUGGAGACACUAAACAUUCCUUAUAGAGAUGCAUUGAUUCAAUCCAUCUCUGUGAGGAGAUGCUGAUUGGCCAGGGUGGCGUUUGGCUCUGUCCCCUGUCCCACCAUCUUGGCAAUCUCUGUGAGGAGAAACUGAUUGACCAGGGUGGCAUUUGGCUCUGUUCCCUGUCCCACCACCUUUUCUAUGGAAAAGCAUUGUGAUUGGCUCAGAUCAUCACUUCUGAUGAUGUCAGCGAAGGAGGCAGAUCAGGGUAAGAGCCAGCAGCAGCAGACUAAAAUAAAGAUAAGAUUUUACUACAUCUAGGGCAGGCAGGGGGGCUAGAUAGUGAUUUUAACACUAUAGGAUCACAUGCUUUUGUUCCUGACCCUACAGUGUUCCUUUAAUGUCAGUCGUCAUUUUCAAAGGAGCACUCAAAGUAACAUAACCACUACUUAUUGUUACUGGUUGUAACUCUAGGCUAAUCACUUCUACCUGUGUUGGGCAAAUUGACAUUGAUAAUGAACAUAUAUAAAAUCAUUUAAAUUGUGACUUUAGGCAACAUAACCGCUACACCAAGUGAUGGCAUUAAUGCCAAGAUCGUGACGCUAGUGACAAACAAAUUAUAUUUCUAUAUUGCUAGAUUCUCCGUCACAUCACAGCUUGAACACUGUAGUGAUGAUAAUAAAUGAUUUGGCUUUUACCGACAUUGCUAUCUGUUAUUUCUUUAAACAUUUUAAAAUUUUACAUUUUGAGGAUAGUGGACACAUGAACUUGUUGUGAUAUAGAUUUUGCUUUGUUUUAAUAUUGUAGCAGUAUUUACUCGCACUUUAUUUGCUUCAGUUGAUCAACUUUUUCACUGAACUGAAAAUGGCAUAAAUAUCGCCAAAGAGCUUGGGAGCUAUAUUGUAAUCUUGUCAUUCUAAUUUACAGCUAAUCGACAGCCAUUAAUAUGUCGAUUACUGUUGAACAAUAACUUGUGAUAAAGGCCUUUCACGUUUAUUCACUAAAGUGGAAAUGUCAGGAAUUCAAAAUUAAUUCAAAGUGAAUUUGAAAUUUUAGGUCCAAUGUCUGUAUCAAAAAAAAAUAUAGCUGGCUUGUUAUUUUGUUGCUUAGAGUAUCCCUUUAAGUAUCCAUUGAAUAUAGAAACUUACACUGUCACUUAAAGGGAUACUAUAGUGCCAGGAAUACAAUGCACUAUAGCUCACAACAGGGUUUUGGUGAUAUACAUCCCGGCAACGUGGAGAGGGAGCUGUUCAGUCAGAGCACAGACUGACCCAGCAGCUCCCCUCCGGCCUUUGAUGUCCUCUGAUUUGAUGCAGGUUGUUCCACAGUGGAGGGCUGGCGCACUGAGUGGACCCCUUGGCAUGCUGCUGGUUGGGAGGCAGGCCCUUUAAAAGCCACAGUUGAAUGUUUGUCCCAAGUACAAGCAUAGAUUUGUCUCUCGUGCUACUAAAUGGCUGUGGAAGAUGGCUGCUGCUUGACAUAAAAGUAUAUAUAUGAAAUAGGUCAAAAUGAAGUGAAUACUUUGUGACUCCCCUAUCAGACAAUGCUCUGAAGUAAACAAUCUAUUCUACAACAUAAGUUCCAUUCUGUUUCUUCACCAAACGGCCUCAUAUGCUGAUGUAUGACCAGAAUAGAGAAUAGUUCAUUGGCAUUCAAGCUGGUAUAGCAAUCCUUGUUAUGUCUAGAUUUACUACUUAAAUGCAGUUCACAGCAUGUUAGGAAUUACAACUCCCAUCACCUGCACCAUUCUUUUGCAGGUAGAGUAUGAUGGGAAUCAUGGUAAAAAAAAUUGACCGAAGGGCCAAGGAUGCCCAAUUGCGUUCCAGUCUGGUGUACUUUGCUUUUAGAUCACGUUUUUUUAUUAGAAAAUUGAUUGGGUAAUCAGGGCCCCUUAGACGGUAGCAGAUGCAGCAGGAUUUUCCUUGAGAUGAACUUGUCCUGCCAGCACCUCUGUAACAGUCACCUCUGCACAUUCUAAUAGAUUUGCCAAUUUCCUGUCUCUUGUCAGUCAGCAUUCUCCCCUCUACAGAGGCAAUAAAUUGAUGUAUGCUCUGCAGUGAACAGGGCAGCAGCUAGCAUUACGUGAACUAAAUGCACCGUCAGCAGAGACUUUUCCACGUUUCCUCAGCGUGGCGAAGAAAACGAUUAACCUAAAUGGUGUCACUUCUCAAUUCAGAGAGCUAUUAUCUGCAGUAAGGAAAAAAAAAAUUGUGCGUCUUGAUAGAUUUUAGAGAAGAUAUAGAACCGUCAGCAUCGUUACUGUUUUGUCAGCAAAAUGACUACCAGAGUGGUGUUUGGUGCAGGCAGCAAGGUAACCACAUCACCGUUAAUCAGAGAUACUUAUAAAAAAUGCAUGCUUCAUUGCAUUACAUAGAGCAAAGCCUGCGGACUGGUGUCUGCAUUUAACAGAUUGAAGCUGCAAUAGCAGAUCAGUCGUAACAAAACCAGUCUAGAGUUGCUUUUUAUUUUACGGAAUUAUUGUACAUUGCACUAGUUUAAAGGCUAUUGCUACAUUUAUUUAUUUGCCCUCUGCAGCUUUUAUUGAUAUACCUGUGACUACAAGUAUUCAAAUAUGGAGCCCAAAUGACUUGUGCACUGCUUUUGCCAUUGUGUAAAUCAUAGCCAGAUGCUAUAUAUGAUGGGAUAUGUUGCGUAUCAUUUGGAGGUGGGUUGAUAGAAGCUAGAUUAUAAAAAAAUAUUAAUAAAUACUGGUAGUAUUUUAUAUUUAUCCAGGAUUUAAAAAGUUGCGACUUAUAUUAACUAAUGCCCUGCAAUUAUUAGCCCUUGUGAUCAGUGCGUCCUACCACCAUGUUCCAACAAUUUCCUGAGCUUGUUUUCCUAAUUAAUCUCUAGCAUUAGAAAACAGUAAGAAACCAUAAUUAGAUGCUAGAAUUAUGUCAAGAGACAUCAGGGCAGUGUAUUUUUUUUUCACGGUUCUAUAGCGUGCAAUUAGCACUGAGUCGCACGUGCAACAAAUCUAGAAAAAAAGUAACCCACAAAGACCACAUUCCGGAACGUAAGCACCCAUUAAACACAUUAGUAAACCAACAUACAUGGUCAAUGCUACAAAACCUUUACAGACUUUACUACAAUUAACCUUUCUGUGCCAAAAGAACGUAGUAUCACAUUUCCUUUCAAUGAUUGUUCACCUUUGCUUCAAUGAAAGUUAAUUAUAGUAAAGAAAUAUAAAUACUAAAGAUCUGAAUGGAUACAGCAUACUUUAAAAAAUUUAUAAUUAUAAUGGUAUCGAUUAUUAUAGCUAUUCUUACAUAGAAGGAAACAGUGUAGCGUAAAUUGUUGACCAUCCAAGUCACCCCAGAACUCUGCAUUGACCUCUGCAUUUAGAGCCAGUGCUGUAUUUAUCAGCACGAUUUCUGCUGUCGCCACUAACAUGAAGGGCUAGGUCAACCCUAAAUUUCAUAGGAGCGAGAAAUUAUUUGGGCAACGGGAGCAAGAUAUGCCCAUGUCUCUCUUUUUCUCUCCAUCCCUUAUUAUAAGUGUGUUGAGGGGCUUUCAUUUUGCAAAAUAUGCUUAAUAGCCCCUAAUCGAUCCCCCAAACCAGGGAAAUAAAAUAGUAUAAUCUACUGAUUUGAGGCUAGCCAAUGAAUCUCCAUUUUCCCCUCUUUACGGGCCUUGGGAUGGGGUGAAAUACGUCGAAAAUACAUUUUAAAAUUGACAAUUAUUCAGGGGUCUUUGCAAUAAGAUUUCCAAUGCUUCCAAUUCUACGCCUUUCAGGACUUUAGUCAGUCCAAGGAAAUCCCAGCUACUGAGGAGUAUAGUCAUUCCUGAAUUAGACACACUCACUAGAAACCACUGCCUUCGAAUUUCAUUUAGUUAGUGUGGUUGGUAGUAUUUUCUUUAAAUAAAUAUCUUACAGUCUUAGUUGUUGCUGACAUGCAGCCUGCCUUAGUGACCCGUCCAAAUUGAUGUUGAUAGUGGUUGUGUCAGCACACAAAGCUGGCCGUAUAAAUGGACGAGGCAUUAGAUAUGCUGCUUCUUGAUGCCUGUCUGUUAUUUAUGCAUAUACAGCUGUAAGCAUGUUGCAAGUCAUCAAUUUCAGGUCAUCAACUGACUCCCCGUUUGGAAGUAAUGCUGCUAAAAUUAGAUUUUUGUCUGGGCUUUCACUGAAUAGAUCAAUUGUGUUAAUAAGUAUAGUAUUUUAUUGCAUAGUGUCAGGGCCGGUACAAGGAUUUCUGCUGCCCUAGGCAAAGAUACAUUUUGCUACACCCUCCAUCGUGUCACAAGUUAAUUCACUAAACACCAAAAGGAAACGUUCCCCCAAAAUGAAUUUGUAACAAUUUAGUAGGUAUACCCCAACAGAAUAUUUUUUUUCCUACAUGUUUUUCUGAAAGCCCCCAGUCUGUGCCAGGGAAUACUCCUAUAAGAGGAUUCUACCCAUGUGCUGGAGUUACGAUUUUCCUAUGGAGCUCUAGUAUAACUCAUAGAGUUGUACAGCUCAUAUCUUUUAGUUUAGUUUUUGCUUCAAAUAAAUACACGUUAUGCAGAAUGCUGCAUCAUAAGCCUGCCACACCCCCACACUUCAUAAAAAAGACUUCCUUCUCAAAGGUAUGUAUCCUAAGUGGCCUCUACUCUUCUCCCCCGCCUCCCUUAGUGUACUCUCCUCUUCUCCCCCCCCUUUCCAUUAGUGAUAUCUCUUCUCCCCCCUCCCCCUUAGUGGUUUCCUGCUCGACUGCUCCCCAUCCCCGUGGUGUCUCUCCUCCCCCUUUCCAUUGGUGAGUCACUCCUCCCCUCAGUGGUCUCAACUCUCCUCCCCCGCCUCCCUUAGUGUACUCUCCUCUUCUCCUCCCCUUUCCAUUAGUGAUCUCUCUUCUCCCCCCUUAAUGGUCUCUGCUCUCCUCUGCCACCCCCCCCUUGUUGUCUCUCCACCCCCCUUUCCAUUAGUCAUCUCUCCUUUCCCUUUCCAUUGGUGGUCUCUCCCCUCCCUCCCCACCUUUUCAUUGGUGGUCUCUCCUCUCCCCCUCUCACUGGUGGUCUCUCCUUUCCCCCCCCUCCCCUCCCCUUUGGUGGUCUCCCUUCACCCUUAGUGGUCACUUUUCACCCCCCUUCCCUGGUGCUUCCCUCCACCUACUAAACUCCCUGGUGGGACUCUCCUCACCCCCUCCCCUCCGGUAGUGGUCUCUCCUCACCCUCCCUCCCCUCGCCAGGUGGUCUCUCUCACCCCCUUCCCUUGGUGGUCUCUCCUUUAGCCCCUCCCUCCCUCAGUGGCGGUCUCUCCUCCUCCCCCCCUCCACUCCCGUGAGUGGUCUCUCCUUCCCUUUCGGUAGUAGAUCACUCCUCCCCAGUGGUCUCUACUCUCUCCCCACCUCCCUUGGUGGUCCUCUCCUCCUCUCCUCCCUUUUCCAUUGGUGAUCUCUCUUCUCCCUUAGUGGUCUCUGCUCUCCUCUGCCACCCCCUUGAUCUCUCCACCCCCUUUCCAUUGGUCAUCUCCUUUCCCCUUUCCAUUGGUGAUCUCUCCCUCCUCCCCACCUUUCGUGGUGGUCUCCUCUCCCCCUUCUCCACUAGUGGUCUCUCCUCUCCUCCCUCCCCUCCUUUAGUGGUCUCUCCUCUCCACUUGCCCUUAGUGGUCGCUUCUCACCCCCCUUUCCUAGUGGUCUCUCCUCCACCCCCCUCCCCUUAGUGGUCUCUCCUCACCUCCCUUCCCAGUGGUCUCUCCUCACCCCCCUUCCAUGAGUGGUCUCCAUUUACCCCCCUCCCCUCCCUCGGUGGUCUCUCCUCAGCUACCCCUCCUUCCGUUGGUGGGCUCUUCUCACCCGCCCCCUCCCUGCCAGGGUCUCUCCUCCCCCCCCUCUCACUCCCCCUCCCAUGGUAUCUCUCCCCCCUCCCUCAGUGGUCUCUCCCCCGGUUCUCCUCACUCCUCCUCUAAUACCCUGUGUAGCGUGGCCGAGCUCUGGUCCGGUCCAUGAGUUUCUGUUCCCUGUACCCAGCUGGACUGACAGGAAGUGCACUUCCUGUUAGCCCGGCCGGGUAAAUGAAACGGAUGCUCCUGUACCGCGGACCGGGCCGGAGCUCGGCCACGCUACACUACAGGACUGGCUGAUUCCUCAUAUCUUGCGCCCCGGGGCCGGUGCGCCCUCAUGGAUGCACCGGCCCGGGCAGUGCUGCAGCUGUCUGAGGUUCUUAGCAUGAGCGGGGCCAGCGCUGCUGGCGGCACCCAUUCCUAAGGGACGCCCUAGACGACUGCCUAAGUCACCUAUGGGAAGCGCCGGCCCUGCUAUCACCCUAUAACUAGAGUAUCCACCUUCAGUAAGCGUUUUUGUUGUUGUUGUUGUCUUGUUCUCUGUGAGUGUUUGGUGGUGAUCUGAAGAGCUAUUUGAUCGUGUUUGGGGAUUAGUUUUAUAGGAAGCAUGAUAACAGAGGUAAAACAUCUAGAUGAUUAUAGUUCAACGUGUCAUUACUGUUACUUAAAGUUUCAAGAAUGUAGAAUAAAAAAGAAGAGUUUUACUGGUUAAGGGACUUUUUUUAGUUGACAUUACUGGUAGGCUUUAGAUUCCGUUUUACAGUCACGGUGUUUUACAAAAUGGUAUUUUUAGAAUAUAGUGAGUCACAUAUGGAGCUCUGUGCUGUGGCGGUCUUAACUGAGAAUAGACACAGAUAAAAAAAGUGACAAAAAUAAAGAAACAUUUCCUGUUAAGCAGGAUCAAAUGAAAAGAAAAGAACAUUUGUUUUAAUUACGCUUAAUAGCAUUGCUUUCCUUUGAACCCAGUCAUAAUGAUCAUGAAUAUAUACUUGAUUUUUAAUUUCACCUAUAGAUAAUUUAAUUCUUGAUUUUGUCACAAAGCUUUCCUGUAUCUGUAGAACUGCUUUGUCCCUUUGAUUUUCUCAUCUCUCCAUCAUGAAAACAAAAUACAUAGAUUUAAACAUUCCUUAAAAUAGUUUAUAGGCCCUUAUCAUCACAUCACAUUCUAGAUAAUCACAGUAAAACAACAAAUUAUCAAUAAAGAGAAGUGCUUGUUAGGAAUUUACACAUUGUAACAUUUGUCCAACCUCUCCCUCCCCCCCUGCCCCCCCCAAAGGCACUAAAUUUACCAUUUUAAGUAAAUUGGCAUUUACUAUGACUCAGGUAUUAUACAGUUGCAAGAAAAAGUAUGUGAACCCUUUGGAAUGAUAUGGAUUUCUGCACAAAUUGGUCUUAAAAUCUGAUCAUCAUCUAAGUCACAACAAGAGACAAUCAAAGUCUGCUUAAACUAAUAUUGAACACACCAUGUAAACAUUCACUGUGCAGGUGGAAAAAGUAUGUGAACCCCCUAGACUAAUGACAUCUCCAAGAGCUAAUUGUAGUGAGAUGUCAGCCAACUAGAGUUCAAUCAAUGAGAUGAGAUUGGAGGUGUUGGUUACAGCUGCCCUGCCCUAUAAAAAAACACACACCAGUUCUGGGUUUGCUUUUCACAAGAAGCAUUGCCUGAUAUGAAUGAUGCCUCACACAAAAGAGCUCUCAGAAGACCUACGAUUAAGAAUUGUUGACUUGCAUAAAGCUGCAAAGGGUUAUAAAAGUAUCUCCAAAAGCCUUGCUGUUCAUCAGUCCACGGUAAGACAAAUUGUCUAUAAAUGGAGAAAGUUCAGCACUGCUGCUACUCUCCCUAGGAGUGGCCGUCCUGUAAAGAUGACUGCAAGAGCACAGCGCAGACUGCUCAAUGAGGUGAAGAAGAAUCCUAGAGUGUCAGCUAAAGACUUACAAAAGUCACUGGCAAAUGCUAACAUCCCUGUUAGCGAAUCUACAAUACGUAAAACACUAAACAAGAAUGGAUUUCAUGGGAGGAUACCACAGAGGAAGCCACUGCUAUCCAAACAAAACAUUGCUGCACGUUUACAGUUUGCACAAGAGCACCUGGAUGUUCCACAGCAGUACUGGCAAAAUAUUCUGUGGACAGAUGAAACCAAAGUUGAGUUGUUUGGAAGAAACACACAACACUAUGUGUGGCGAAAAAAAGGCACAGCACACCAACAUCAAAACCUCAUCCCAACUGUGAAGUAUGGUGGUGGGAGCAUCAUGGUUUGGGGCUGCUUUGCUGCGUCAGGGCCUGGACGGAUUGCUAUCAUCGAAGGAAAAAUGAAUUCCCAAGUUUAUCAAGACAUUUUGCAGGAGAACUUAAGGCCAUCUGUCUACCAGCUGAAGCUCAACAGAAGAUGGAUGUUGCAACAGGACAAUAACCCAAAGCAUAGAAGUAAAUCAACAACAGAAUGGCUUAAACAGAAGAAAAUACGCCUUCUGAAGUGGCCCAGUCAGAGUCCUGACCUCAACCCGAUUGAGAUGCUGUGGCAUGACCUCAAGAAAGCGAUUCACACCAGACAUCCCAAGAAUAUUGCUGAACUGAAACAGUUCUGUAAAGAGGAAUGGUCAAGAAUUACUCCUGACCGUUGUGCAUGUCUGAUCUGCAACUACAGGAAACGUUUGGUUGAAGUUAUUGCUGCCAAAGGAGGUUCAACCAGUUAUUAAAUCCAAGGGUUCACAUACUUUUUCCACCUGCACUGUGAAUGUUUACAUGGUGUGUUCAAUAAAAACAUGGCAACAUUUCAUUCUUUGUGUGUUAUUAGUUUAAGCAGACUGUGAUUGUCUAUUGUUGUGACUUAGAUGAUGAUCAGAUCAGAUUUUAUGACCAAUUUGUGCAGAAAUCCAUAUCAUUCCAAAGGGUUCACAUACUUUUUCUUGCAACUGUAACUACACAUUAAUGAUGUAACGUUGGGUUCACUUUUACAUGUGCAGUUUUCUUGUUUCAUAUAGAAAGUUUUAGCUUAAAUUAGUCAUUACAAAGGGAACCUGAUCUAUUUUCAUAUUUUACUGAUCUCUCCAAAAAUUGAUAUCUAGAUCUAAAAUGCUCCCUAGAGCAACCCCCAGAUAAACAUUUCACCCUCUGUAGGCCUCAUCUAUGUGAUGUAGCUCAUACCCUUCUAGGCAGUGGAUAAGGGGUCCACAUAUGGAUUGCCAUUUCACCUUAGGGAGACCAUAGGCAAACAAACCAAAAAAAAGAGAGGAAUAGUAUAUUGAGAAUAAACAAAAACUCAGGGAACCCUAGUAAAAAUGAUAAGAGUUAUGUUAAAAGAACACUACAGGGUCAGGAACACAAACAUGUAUUCCGGACCCUAUAGUGUUAAAACCACUAUCGAGCCCACCUGCCCUCCCCUUCCUCCCUAAAUAUAGUAAAAUCUUACUUUUCUUAAAGUCUGCUGCUUCUGGCUCAACCCCUGAUCUGCCUGCUUGGCUGACAUUAUCAGAAGUGAUUCUGAGAGCCAAUCACAAUGCUUUCCCAUAGGAUUGGCUGAGACUAUCAAGAAGGCAGAUCAGGGGCAGAGCCAGCACAAGCCAAACACAGCCCUUGUCAGUCAGCAUCACCGCAUAGAGAUGCAUUGAAUCAGUGCAUCUCUAUGAGAAAAGUUCAGUGUCUGCAUGCAGAGGUUGUUGACACUGAAUGUCAGUGCUGCACACUGUGCAGUACUUCCCCAAGAAGCACCUCUGGUCAGGGCCAGCGCUACCAUUCGCCUUGGGCGUCGUCCUCUGGGGGGCAUCCACCGGAAGGUAUCAUGGUGGGCUGCCUUGCUGCUGUCUGGGGAUGCUGUGCUGGGUGAGUGGCUCCUUAGCUACCCCCCCCAGCAGAGCCAUUCAGCUUCUGGGCUCCCUCUGCUGCUGCUUGCCUGCUUGGGGAGCGGGGUUUACUGUAACCCCAGCACCCUAGCAGAGCACUCAGCUUCCUGCAGGCAUCGGAAGCUGGGACAUAAUUUAGUAUCCGGCUGCGCCUGCCUGUGAACACCGGAAGCACUCUGAGGGGAACAGGAAAUAGCCUGUGCUCACAGUGCACUACUCUCCUGCUCCCCCCACCAGGAACAACAGCAGCUUUCUGCAUGCUGGACCACUCUCCUCCAUUCACAGCACUUAUGAAUGGUCCAUCUGAAGAUAAGUGGAACUGAUUAUGAGUAUGAGUAUAUGAUUGUAAAUCAAUCUGUGUGUAUUUGUGUGUUUGUGUGUGUAAAUAAAGUGUGACUAUAUGUAAAGUGGUGUGAGUUUGUACUUGAGUGACAGUGUGUGUGUGUUAGUGUGAGUGUGUAAGUGGCACUGUGAAUGUCACAGAGUGUGUGUGUGUGUGUGUGUAAGUGAAGCAUAUGUGUGUGUUAGUGACUGUGUGUAAAUGGCAUUGUGUAUGUCAGUGAGAGUGUGUAAGUGACACUGUGUAUGUCCGUGAGAGUGUGUGUGUUAGUGAAAGUGUGUAAGUGGCACUGUGAAUGUCACUGAGAGUGUGUAAGUGAAACUGUGUGUAUGUCAGUGACAGUGUGUGUGUGAAUGAGAGUAUGUAAGAGACACUAUGUGUGUGUUAGUGACUGUGACAUUGUGUAUCUCAGUGAAAGUGUGUGACACUGUAUGUUGAGAGUGUGUGUUAGUGGGAGUGUGUAAGUGACACUGUUUAUGUCAGUGAGAGUGUUUGUGUUAGUAAAAGUGUGUAUUUGAUACUAUGUGUCAGUGAGAGUGUGUAUGUUAGUAAGAGUGUGUAAGUGACACUAUGUGUGUGUUAGUGACUGUGACAUUGUGUAUCUCAGUGAAAGUGUGUGACACUGUAUGUUGAGAGUGUGUGUUAGUGGGAGUGUGUAUAUGAUGACACUGUUUAUGUCAGUGAGAGUGUUUGUGUUAGUAAAAGUGUGAAAUUGAUACUGUGUGUCAGUGAGAGUGUGUAUGUUAGUGAGAGUGUGUAAGUGACCCUAUGUGUGUGUUAGUGACUGUGACAUUGUGUAUGUCAGUGAAAGUGUGUGACACUGUAUGUCAUUGAGAGUUUGUAAGUGACACUGUAUGCCAGUAAAAGUGUGUUAGUGAAAAUGUGUAAGUGACACUUUGUAUGUAUGUCAGAGUGUGUGAGUCAUAGUGUGGGUGCUGGUGUGUGUGUGACCAUGUAAAUAGAUAAUUAUAUGUUAGAUUUAUAAUAUAUAUUAAUAGAAUUCUAUAUUAAACCGAAAAGAAUGUUCACAGUAACAUAAAUUAAAUCCUAACAUUAUUACAAAUUAAAUACCACCAAAUGCAUUGAAAAAGAGUGUAUGGAUAUAUGUAUUAGGCAGUAUGUGUCUAUUGAUGUGUGCAUUAGGCAGUACGUGUGUAUUGAUUGAUGUAUGCAUUAGGCAGUAUGAAUGUAUGAAUGUGUCAGGACCUGUUCUGUCCUGUUCAGAUGUCUGACCUUGGCUUCUGGUAUCCAGUACUCUUUUUACAAUUCUUUUUUAGUUUUUCUUGUUUUUUCUGGUUUUCUAUUCCAUGUCUGGUUUUCUUAAUGCUGGGUUUCCUGGGCUCAUUUUUGUUCCUUAUAAUGUUAGUUCUGUAUUCCAGCUUUUGAUCUUGGCUUCAUUUGUUACUACUUCAUUCUAUACUCCUUUGUCCCGGCUUUGGCUUUCUCGCUUAUCCUGAUUUCUGUACUCCUUGACCUAGGCUUGAAUUUGACUACCCCUUGUCCUUGUACGUUAGUCAGGCCAUUCUAAGGUCUGGUUUACGUUAACCUUUAUCUACAUUCUGUGUGAUGGAACCCACACCAUUCCUGACAGAAUGUAUGUAUUAGGCGGUGUGUGUGGAUUUAUGUAUUGAGCUGUGUGCGUAUGGUUGUUUGUAUGUAAUAGGCAGUCUGUGUAGAUGGAUGUAUUAGGCAGUGUGUGUAUAUGGAUGCAUAUACUGGAUGAGUGUUUCUACGCAGUGUGCUUUCUUCCCUAAAUGUCUCUUCAUUGCAAUUCAGAUUUUAGUGAAUAAACCUGUGAGAGAAUGUAGUUGCCUUUAUGAGGGGGCAGCAAAAAUCCUUGCACCGGCCCUGCCUCUAGUAGCCAUCUGAGGAGUGGCCAGUGGAGAUAUCCCUAGGCUGUAAUGUAAAUACUUUAUUUUCUCUGAAAAGACAGUAUUUACAGCAAAAAGUCUGAAGGGAAUGAUUAUACUCACCAGAACAAAUACUAAAAGUGGUAGUUGUUCUGGUGACUAUAGUGUCCCUUUAACAAUACUUUGCAUAGGAGAAUACAAUUUACCAAGUGUACAAGCCAAAAAGGUGCAAACCUAAGUGGAUACUCCCCUAGGCACCAAAUAUAAAUUUCUAAAACACAAAUUAGGAUGCACACCAAAUUUACUGCCAAUAAAUCCAACUUUACUUACAACGCAGUAUAACAAUACACCAACCAAACAUAAAAGGACCAACAAAAAGUGAUAAGGCUAGAAAUUAGACAUACUAUCUACAAAAAUGCAACGUUUUGGCAUGCUACGGUGCUGUUCUCAAGGAUAAACCUCUGGGGGAUUUUGUGGCUUGUGUCCUGCUCUAGUAGGCUAUUGAUGUGAAGGUGAAUAAUGUUAUGUCUUUGUAGUGUUCUUUUAAUUUCUUUAUUUAAUUCUUAGAGUAAUAAAUAAAUACUUUGACAGAGAGCAUAUAAUAUUAAUGCUUACAGCUCGUAAGUACAUAUAUUAUAGAUAUCCUUUUCAACAGCAUUUCAUUUUUUAUGUCCAAAUGAAAUGUUUUCCAAGGCCGGUUCAUAUAAGUACAGUUAUUAUAUAUUUAUUAUUAUUUUUUUGUAUUCUUUGGGUGAGGUAAAAUCUGUGUGUAUACUUCAUGUAGUCAAUGACUCAACAUCUACCCCCAAUCAUUCUGAUGACUAUGGAAUUAAGAUAUGUGUUUGCGAUGACCUUAUUACGUACUCCCUUGUGGUUCUUUGUCUCGGUGAUUCACAACUCAAUUCCCAAAGCACACCAACAGUCUAGGACUGCCAGGUUCUAUUCCAAUGAGCCUACUGACAAAACCUGGACCAUUGGUGGGCAUGAAGAACCGUACUGGUAAACAAUGUUGUUUGUAAGACCCAACGAGUGUGAAAACGUUAUCCUGUUGUCUGUAUAAAUAGCUGAGAUAUAACAUGGAGCAUUACUUCAGUCUAAAGUCCUAUAUGACAUGGCCAAAACCUGAAUGUUUAAAAACAAUUGAAAUUUCAUAUGAAUAGACUAAAAUAAAAAAAACUGAUUUUUGGAAAUGUUAAAAUUAAUAGAUGCUAAAUAAAAUAUACAAACUUUUCAAUUUGCAAUUAAAAAUUACUAAAGUUAAACCGCUACCCUUUUUAACGUAUGUAGUAAAGAAAAUGUAUCAUGUUUUACAUAAAAAAUGACAAAGCAUAUAGUAUUGAAAUAGUAAUAAUACAUUAUAGAAAUUGUGUAUCUAAUCUUUUUCUUGUUGUGUGGAUUUUACUCUCUUAUAAAAUCUGGUUUCUAGGUUUGCAAAUUAACAAGAAGAUAGUGACUACGUACCCUCAGGUGAUAGUGGUCCGAGUUCCAACUCCAACAGUGCAAUCGGACAGUGGUAUAACAGUUUUGAGGCAUCUAGAAAAGCUUGGGUGUCGUCUAGUAAAUCGCCCACAAGCCAUUCUAAACUGCAUUAAUAAGUUCUGGACUUUUCAGGAACUGGCCGGGCAUGGAAUUCCUUUGCCUGAUACUUACUCCUAUGGUGAGUUUGAAGAAAAAUUAUAUUCUGUAAUUCAUCUGCGCAAGUUUGUGUGUGUCAGGGAGGGGGGCGGUAGUGGGGGGAAGUCGGUGAAGGGGCCACUACAACAAUUUGUGAAUUUGAGAUGUGAUAGAUCCCCCCAAGUUGUGAUGUUUUAAUUUGUAAUGUAUAUAUUUAUGUUGUGUUUAGGUAAGUGCAAUAUAUAUAUAUUUCAAUAAUUGGAUACAGAAAACGGUUUCAAUUUAAUAGUUUUGGAUAAGCUUUUCAUAUGAUUUAAUAGAUUUUAUAUAUUUUGACCUUUUAUUUUUAAUAAUAUUGAAGUGUCCACUUUACUAGUUUUGCCUGUACAUAGCGCAUGGUUUGAAAUACGGCCUCUUAGGGGAUGUGCUGAAUUUUCUUAGUAAAGAGCUGCAAUUAUAUUCAAAAGCAUCUUUGCAGUAUUUUCUUAAUUAUCUUUUUCUUCUGCUCGAAAAUGUGAGGUUUUGAUACGUACUAGAGCAGGGGUAAGCAACAUUUGGCAACUGGCACCAGGUGCUUUGCCGGCAUCAUGGGAGAUACAGAGUCUACACCAUCUUGGGUUCCAAAGGUUCCCUCCCCUCAUUCUUUAGCAGCACUGACUGGCCGCAUUGUAGCUAUUUCUCUGCUUCUAAACUAGAACUCACACGUGCCUAUAGCUUGCUAAAAUUGUUCAUUAUAUUCUUGAUGAGUCGUUAUUUUAGUGGCUGUUUUAUUGGGUGUAGUAGAAGAAGAGAUAAAAUAUUCAUGUGUUGCCCUAUAUAGCAAUUUCUCUCUCCAUCGGUUUUAAACUAAUUUUAGCUCACUCAUGCCAUCACAGAGUCUCUAGUGCCUACACCAGUAGUGUGUACGGCUGGUUUCACCUUAUGGGCAGUCCAGAACUCACAUUCCGGGUAGAUCUUCUUUGCAUGAGAAACAGCAAUUGCAGAUGAUCACUUUGACCUCUUUUAGGCCAUAUCAUGUGAUCUCCCUCAAGACACGAUGGUCAAGGGGUCUUUUAUAUAUCUGUUCCCGUAUAGACAGUUGGCGUCUGUACAGGCUUUGAAUAGAAUUGAUUAAAAAAUGUAAAAGAGAAUUGGAAUGGACUAUUUAAAAAACUGCAGAUACCAGUGAGUUUCACAUUCUUUGAGCAGUGUUAAUUCACCUAUGAAAGGGUUUAUGUUUUGCAGUAGUCAGGCUUCAUGUACUAACUAAUUAAAAUUAUGCCCCCCGGGCUAUAAAAUGGUUACCCUUCUCAGCUUCUUACUUAGUUACAGAGAGCAGAAGUAUUAGAAACAAGUCGUUAGAAAAGGGAAAAACUCUAGUGAGUCAGGAAUAUAGAAAAAAAGGGGUUAAAUGUAGGGUUAGUGAAAUGGGCUAAAUGUUGGAAAAGGACAGAAUUGGAAGAACUACUAAAGGCAAAUGCUGAUGCUGAGGACCUGACACUUGUCUUUAAGGAAGAGGCUGUUAUGCUUCUUAGACAUAGUAAUGUUUAAAGGUGUAAAAAAAAUAUUCAUUUUCAAGCGUAUUGAUGUAUUGCUCUUAAAAAUGCUGCAUUUAACAGCUUGCAGUAAUCUCCUCCCGUAUACUGAUGCAGUACAUGAUUGGAACUGAUUUAGCUUUGGCUGAGAUUAAGUCAAAUGUUUCAGAACCAAUAGGAGAUCUGUGGACACUCGCUGCUUUUAGAGACAAUGACAUCUGUUAUUAUUGACUCCUGUCCCCACAGGAAGACAAGGCAGCGUAUUAUUUAGUAGAUGAAUAAAUACAAAAACGAGCAAAUAAACAAUAUUAAUGAUUUCCAUACUUAUUUUAUUUUUAAACAAAAUUACAUACAUUGUAAUAUAGUAUUAGGCUGUACUAUACAAUGUUACAGUAUACAUAUAGUAUGCAGCAUACUGCAUAAAGUUCUUAAAAUGCAGCGUCCUAAAAUUGCAUGAGAACUUAAAUUUCUCCCUAUUCUUCACGUAUUGUUACACCAAGUAUCUGUACUACAGAGCGACCAUAGCGCUGUACAAUGGGAUAUCAGCCAGUCUUGGACAUGUCAUUCCCUGGGAAAUAAUUGAAGCUAACUAAUACUUACAAUUGCCCAAAAAUAAAGAAAAUUACUAAAUUUGCAAUCUCAAACAAUUACAAUAGCAAUAUAUUCUAGGCUUGACUCACAUUUAGAAUGUAUGCAUAGUUAUUAAAAUACCAUAUUUCAAUCUCUCGUCUCUUGUGUUUUGGUUUGGGGCAAUGCAUAGGAAACACACACUUGUUUUACUUUUCUUUUGUGAGUGUCUGUUCAUCAUAUGUACACUUUAUAUUUUAUUUUUUAAAAUACUACACUAUAUUUGAAUAGAUUUCUCUUUUUGUUUUAUAUGAGAAUAUGCUGAGCAUUAAGGUAACAAAGGACCUGACUUAAUACACUGACACUUUUGGUGAUUUAUGUCACAUUUACUUGUAUUUUGCUUGAGAGACACCCUGUUUUUUUUGUUUGUUUUUUAUUAUGUAUGUUCUGGAUUUUCAACACAGGUCAUAUAUACCAUACUAAAUGUUUAUAUGUUUAGAUGCAGCAGUCAAUGUUUAAUUCACCUUAAUGCUUAUUCAGCUAGUUUUUUUUCUUAAUACGUUUCUCAAUAAAAUAUAAACUAACAUCAUGCAUCAUGUAACCAACACGUCUUAAGUUACAUUAUUGAUUCGAAAUAGCUUGCUAUAUUUCAGUACACAAAAAAAAAAAUUACUUGGAAGUUUGCUAAAAAUAUCCAGAAUGAGACAGCUACAUAUCUAUACAUCUCUUAAAUGUUUGAAAAAAUAAUAAUUAGCUCUGCGACCCCUCUCCCACCCCAAAAAAAACAAUUAUUAUUAGGUAACAUAUGAAUCUAAAAGGAAAAAAAAUCAACAGAACUAAAAUAUAUAAAACAUUCAACUCUGUGAAGCUGGCUUUGAGAUGGGACACAGCUUAUUGAUGGAGCUGAUAAAAUCCUUUUUGCGGGUGACUCAUUUCUAUGCAGCUGUAACCUCAAUUAGCCAAUUUAGUUUAAUUGGCUACCAGGGCCGCCAUCAAGGUGUGACAACCAUGACGGUUGUCAUGGGCCCAGCGGUCCUGGGGGGCCUGGACUGCACUGCUACUGCUCUGCAUGCCACGGCCCUUCUAUGUGCAUACAUUUAUAGCGAGUAGCGCUAUAUAUAUAUAUAUAUGCCUUUGCGGGCCCUGCUGGCUUUACACUCACCUCCUACUACGGCACACUCGCGAGCCGUGGCUGUAAAGCAUUGCCGAGGCUGUAAAGCCCAUAGGGGGAAGAUGAAAACUGCAGGGCCCCUUUGUAGAGCCAUGAGGAGAAAGAUGAAGACUGGACCAACUGCUGAGCCACAAACUGGACCACCAGGGAAUCCAGUGUCCCCCCUCCCUGGCUACAGGUAAGAGGCAGGGAGUGGGGAAUACUUUUUAUUUUGAAUUAAUAAAAUGUAUAUACAUUUUUUUAAUUAAUCAAAAUGUAAAGAAUAAAAAAUACCCUCAGUGCAUUUGUCUCACACACACACACACACACACACACACACAUCCACCACACAAACUGCAUUCACUACACAAGCACACACACCACAUUCACUAUACACAAAGCAUUCACUACACAAACACACACAGCAUCAUCUACACAAACACACAAACUGCAUUCACCACACAGACACACACAGCAUCGGCUACACAAACACACAAACUGCAUUCACUACACAAACACACACACCACUUUCACUAUACACACUGCAUCCACCACACAAACACGCACUUUGUAGUCACUAUACGCUGCAGUCACGAUACACACUGCAUCUAAUACACACAAACACACACUCUGCAGUAACUAUACACACUGCAUCUAAUACAAACAAACACAACAUCCAACAACACAAACAUACACUCUGCAUUCACUAUACACACACUACAUCCACCACACACUCUGCAUUCACUAUACACACACUACAUCCACUACACACUCUGCGGUCACUACAUACACACACUAUAUCCACUACACAAACAAAUAUUCUGCAUUCAUUAUACACACUCUGCAUUCACUAUACACACAAACACUACAUCUGCUACACUAACACACUGUAUUCACUACACACACUCUACAUCCACUACACAAACAUGCACUCUGCAUACACUAAACACACUACAUCCACUACACAAAUACACACUCUGCAUUCACUAUACACACUACAUCCACUACACAAACACACCCUCUGCAAUCACUAUACACACUACAUCCACUACACAAACACACACUCUGCAUUCACUAUACACACUACAUCCACUACACAAACAUGCACUCUGCAUACACUAAACACACUACAUCCACUACACAAACACACACUCUGCAUACAAUAUACACUCACGAUACAUCCACUACACAAACACACCCUCUGCAUUCACUAUACACACUAUAUCCACUACACAAACACACCCUCUGCAUUCACUAUACACACUACAUCCACUAGAAAAACACACACUCUGCAUUCACUAUACACACUACAUUCACUACACAAACACACUCUGCAUCUAAUAAACAAAAACAUACAAACUGCAUCCACUAUAUAUACGGCAUCCACAACAUACACCCCACAUCCACUUUACUCAAGCACGUUGCAUCCAAUACACACAUUCUACAUCUACUAUAUGCACACCAAAUUCAGUGCACACACACUUCAUCCUUGUGGGUGGACUUAGGAUGAUCCCUGUGGGGGGACUCGGAAGCGGGCCAUGUAGGCGGACUCGGGGACGGGCCAUGUGGGCAGGCACAGAGGCGGGCUCAGGGAUGGUCUCCGGGCCUGGACUUUGGGCUGCACAGGGGCCCCAAAAUUUCUGAUGGCAACCAUGUUGGCUACUAAUUAUAUAGCCCUAUGCAGCAAACUGACUAACAACAUGUUCUCAUGAAAAUAUUGCUUAGUAUUUGCUGAAACUAGUCAAAAAUCUUUAUAUUUACAGAAAAAUAUCUUAAUAUAAACAUAAUUGUCCAUUCUCUAUCAUAUUGUCAUCUAAUAUGGUAAAUACCAAGAAAUAAGUGGUAUUUAACUGCAUUGGAUUGAGUUGUUGGCUAGAAUAGAACACUUUGUUUAUCUGUUAACCUUGCUAAUGUUUAGAAAACUAAGUUUGGCUAUUCAUCUGUAGAACAAGGUAUUGCUGUAUCAAGGUGACUUGAUUUUAAUGCCAAUGCAAAUGUUUUUUUUUUUAUUAUAAACAAAAAUGAUUUUAGUCAAAACAUUUCUUAUUAAAUAUUUCCAUCAACUACCCUGACAAUUUUAUAUUCUAGCACCUUUAAGGACCAAUAACAUAUAAAUUAUAAUGAUGUCAAAGGCCUAGCUUUGGUGAGUAAAAGUUCAGUGAGUGUGCUAUGGGCCCUCAAUGGAUCAUUAGAACUAUUUAAAAGCUUAAUGUGACAAUGGCUGCACAGCUUAAGCAACAGAGUGGGACACCAGCUCUAGAGAUAUCAUGGAACUCUGGAUGUUGGCCACUGGUCAUCACCCAACCAAGGUUCCAUGCAGGGUGUACUAUAACUGCUGCAAAAUACGGCAUUCAUAUACUGCCCUUAUAGUCUGACAGAUCUAUAGGGGAAAGAGAUCACUAGUAAGUUCCUCUCUUUUUCUCCUAACACAUGUAGAUAAGCAAUUACACUUUAAAAAUGUAAACUUUUAUUACAGUAAAUGUAUUAAUGUAUUGGUCUGCCAAUGUCACCAUGACUAACGUUUAAACCAUGCAGAACAUGAUUUCAGUUUUAUCUGUAUACCGCGUUAGCCAAAAUACUUAGCUAAGAUAUUAUUUUUAUGUUAUUUGUUGUAAUAUUCUUUGCUUUUCCUACAAAGGCACCUCUAUAGUGGUAAAGACUACAUUUAUAAAGUCUGCAGGCCGGUGCGCAAGGUAUCAUGUAACACCUAGCAUGUACCUACAUUCUAUGAGUUGUCAAAUACUCUAUAAGACAUUUGUGAAUGGAGGGUGGGAGGGGGCUGCAUGCAUUUGCUUUGUUUUUUUACAGAGGUUAAAAUACUGGUAGGAGGUUUGCAGUGGUGAGCUAGUACCAAAUGACUUCCGGUCCUUCAAGACCAUAUGAUAAUAUGAUAAAAUAUCCAAAAUGUGCAGUUUGACAAAGAGCUGCUAGCUUUACAUUACAGUGGAACCUUGGAACUCGAACAGACCCUUACCCGAACAAUUCGCUAGUCAAACAAAAAAUUAGAGAAAAAAAUGUCUCGGUACACGGAUGAUUCUCGGUACCCGAACAAAUCAUGCCACAAAUAUGUUCAAUUAUGAAGCUACGUCUCACUUUAGGCAUAUUUUAAAUGCCAGAAGAACAGUUACCUAUCCCGAUCCAACUAAUAAUAUUUAUUUUCCUUUCCACUUACGCCAUCAACAGGGCCUGUGCUAGGAUUUCUAGAGACACAGGCGAAGAUGCAUGUUGGCGUCCCCACCUCCCUUCAAAAAGAAAUAAUGCAUCUUCACCUGUGUGUCUUGUUGUACGCCCCCCACCUCCUUUUCAAUUUCUUAACCCUUUUGUGCUCUAGUGUAUUUUAUACCCCCUUUUAGUGUGUCUUACAACCACUUUUUGUGUCUCUUACCUUCAGCCCCUUUCAGUGUCUCUUACCCCCAGCCCCUUUCUGUGUCUCAUUCUUACCCCAGCCCUUUCUGUGUCUAUUUAUUACUCCAACCCCUUUCUUUGUCUCCUUCUCCACCACAGUCCCUCUCUUUUCCCCUGAGUCCAUUUUGUGUUUCCCUCCCCUCCAGAUCCCUUUGUAUGUCUUUCCUCCCAAGCUACAGGCACACAGGCAUCGUUUUUAAGGCACACAGUCAAAGUCAUACAGGUACACUGUCAUACAAACACAGAAAUAAUCAUACGGAGACAUACUGAUACAUACAGUCAGAGACAUACAGACACACAAGACAUACAGGCAGAGACAUACCUGCAUACAGAGACAUGCAGGCAUACAAAGACAUACAUGCAUACAGAGGCAUGUCGUCAUACUGACGCAUACAUACAUACAUAGACAUGCAGUCAUACAUAAACAUACAUACAAAGACAAACAGGCAUACAGACACGUACAUACAUACAUACAGAGACAUACAUACAUACAUACAGAGACAUACAGGCAUACAGAAACAUACAUACAGAGACAUACAGGCAUACAGACACAUACAUACAUGCAUAGAGAGACAUGCAUGCAUACAGAGGCAUACCGUCUUACAGACAGAUACAUACAUACAGGCAUACAGAGACACACAGGCAUCCAGAAAUAUACAUACAGAGACAUACAAGCAUACAGACAUAUACAUACAUGCACACAGGCAUACAGAGACAUACAUGCAUACAGAGGCAUACUGUCAUACAGACUGAUACAUACAGGCAUACAGAAACAUACACACAAAGACAUACAGGCAUACAGACAUACACAAACAUACGUUCAUACGUACAUACAGAGAAAUACAGGUCUACAGAAACAUACAUACAGACAUACACAAACAUACAUACAAAGACAUACAGACACAUACAUACAUACAGAGACAUACAGGCAUACAGAAACAUACAUACAGAGACAUACAAGCAUACAUACAUAUACAUACAUGCAUGCAUAUAGAGGCAUACCAUCAUACAGACAGAAACAUACAUACAGGCAUACAGAAACAUACAUACAAGACAUAAAGGCAUACAGACACAUACAUACAGAGACAUACAGGCAUUCAGAAACGUACAUACAGAGACAUAGAUACAUACAGAGACAUACCGUCAUACAGACACAUAGAUACAUACAGGCAUACAGAAACAUACAUACAAGACAUAAAGGCAUACAGACACAUACAUACAUACAGAGACAUACAGGCAUUCAGAAACGUACAUACAGAGACAUAGAUACAUACAGAGACAUACCGUCAUACAGACACAUAGAUACAUACAGGCAUACAGAAACAUACAUACAAGACAUAAAGUCAUACAGACACAUACGUACAUACAGAGACAUACAGGCAUUCAGAAACGUACAUACAGAGACAUAGAUACAUACAGAGACAUACCGUCAUACAGACACAUAGAUACAUACAGGCAUACCGAAACAUACAUACAAGACAUAAAGGCAUACAGACACAUACAUACAUACAGAGACAUACAGGCAUUCAGAAACGUACAUACAGAGACAUAGAUACAUACAGAGACAUACCGUCAUACAGACACAUAGAAACAUACAGGCAUACAGAAACAUGCAUACAAAGACAUAAAGGCAUACAGUUACAUACAUGCAUACAGAGACAUAUAUAAAGACAUUCAGAGACAAACAUACAUUCAGUUACAUACAUGCAUACAUACAUGCAUACAGAGACAUACAUACGUGCAUGCAUACAGAGACAUAAAUACAUGGAUACAGAGACAUACAUACAUGCAUGCAGACAGAGACAUACAUAUGUACAUACACAGUGGCGUACACAUGACCCAUGGGGCCCCGGUGCAAAAAUUGAUCCGUGGGCCCCCUACCCCCCGCGCGCUUACUUGGCGCGGGUCGGGGUCGCAACACAUGGUGGCGGGCACCUGGUCGCAGGGGUUGCAGGGCUGCGACCCCGCGACCGCGGUAUGCACACACACUUAAAGGACCGCUACAGACACCCAGAUCACAUCAGCUCAAUGAAGUGGUCUGGGUGCCAGGUCCCUCUAGUUUUAACUCUGCAGCUGAAAACAUAGCCGUUUCAGAGAAACGGCUAUGUUUCACUGAGGGCUAAUCCAGCCUCUGGUGGCUGUCUCAGUGACAGCUGAGAGAGGAGCUUCCGCGAUUCUCACUGUGAAAAUCACAGUGAGAAGACACUGAACGUCCAUAGGAAAGCAUUGAGUAAUGCUUUCCUAUGGGCGGUUUAAAUGCGCGCGCGCCUCUUGCCGCGCAUGUGCAUUUCGGAGCUGAGUGGCGGACACUGGGGAGUCCGACGCUGGAGAAAGGUAAAUGCUCAAGACACACACACUCUCACGAACAGACACAUACACACUAGCUAACAGACACACACAUUUACUGACAGAGACACACUCAGCGACAGACAUACAUACACACUCACUUACAAAACAUACACUGACAAACACACACUCACUAACAGACAUCAAACACACUCCGUAACAGACACACACAGUAACACACUCACUAACAGAAACACACCCAAUAACAGACACAUUCACUGACACACACACUAACACAAACAAACACUGACACACUAACACACACACACUAACACACAUACAAUAACACACACACAUACACUAACACACACACUAACACACACACACAUACACAUUUUUUUUUUUUCAAAUGUAAUCCCCCCAGCCUCCUUACCUUUUGGAGUGCUGGGGGUAUUCCCUGGGGUCCAGUGGUGCUGCUGGGCUCCUGGGCGGCAGGUCAGCAGGGCCAGCCUCGGGGGGCCCUGGGGUGGUCGGCUCCUGGGCCCCCCAGGGGAAGAGGCUGGCCCUGUGGGUACAUACCGGGUCGCAGGGGCGGCCUGGCCCCCUGGUGGGCCGGGCCCGGUCGCAGCCGCGACCCUGGUAUGUACGCCACUGUACAUACACAGACAGCCCAAAUUACAUACUUACAUCUGUUAAACCUGGUCCCUGGGGUGCAUGCUGUUCAGCUCUGUGGAGUCCCGACCUGCAGCCCAGCCCCAUCACUGGGCGCCAGCCAUGCUGUGUGGUUCACAAGGAGCAGGGAUAUGAUGUAAUUCAUAUCCCCGCCCCUGCCACACAGCUUUCAGCAGACACCAGGGUAGGAGGCUGGGCUGGCAGGAAGCUUUGGGCUGCGCUCGGCCACUUUACAAGAAGUAACCGGCCAGAGGGGAGCACAGUGUGCUUCCCUCCUGCCUGUCAGCCUGACAUUGCGCCCUCAGAGCCGUUGUGCCCUAUGGCAGCCGCCUGGGCCGCCUUAUGGUAGCGCCGGCCCUGGCCAUGAACGCUCAUCAUUACAGAUAAAGUGAAGUUAUAUUUUCUUUUCAUUUACUAUACAAUGUGUUUAUUAUUAUUUUUUUAAACUGUAAAAUUUGUGUUAAAAUGCUGUAAUUUGGGGGAUAUAGAACAGAUUAAUCAAAUUUACAUUAAUUCUUAUGGGAAAUGUUGUUUUCGUUCUCGAACAAAUCGAGGUUCCACUGUAUUUCGUCCUUAAGAGUUUUAAAAAUGAGCACAGUUUAUACAACUAUAGUUGGGCAUAUCAGCAUACAGACAGCUACUGUUGGCAUUGGCACAGGAGUGAAUGGAAUUUUAUUGGCGUUUUCGCUAUAUUUUACCAUUUCAGAACUUGCAGGAGAGAUGUAUUCUCUCACACAUGAUUAAUGGAGAAUAAUUAUAGAGACACUUCCUGUAAUUUGAACUGUAUAGUUGGCUGGGAUUUUCCUAGUUUCGAUCACCUAAGUGCAUUUGUAAUUGGGCCAGUUAUCAUAUUGUCAGGACGACUGUUUUUCGGAAGGCAGAUUUGUCAAAUUAUAUGUGUUUUCUUGGUAGGCGGCCAUGAUGAGUUUUCAAAAAUGAUAGAUGCAGCAGAACCACUUGGAUAUCCUGUCGUUGUGAAAAACACUCGAGGACAUCAAGGUAUCUCAUUUUGCAAUUUUCUGUAAUAAUAUAAAUGACAACUGACGGCAUAAGAUGAUUUAUUUUAAAGUGAUUUAAGUGAUCUGAAACAGAAUUUCAAGGAACACCUUGCGUAUCAUGGGCCCCUUUAAUAUAAAUGCUGCUUAUCUCACAGGGUUCUGUACCACAGGGAAAAAUUGGCGGGAAUUCAAAGUAAAUUCAAGAUUUAUUUAAAAUUUAAGGUCAAUUCAGCAAUGCCUCCAGUUCAGCUAUUUUGGUCUUCAAUUUGAAAUUCACUUUGAAUUCUCUUUGAAUACCUGACAAUUCUCACUUUAGUAAAUAAGUCUGUCUGUGUAUAUUUUCUGCUUUUUUUUUUUCCUGUGCUACAAUAUACUCUUUAUUUAUUUGCUUCUACCAGGGUUAUUUACUAGAGUGAGACUUCAAAGUGUAUUCACAGUGAAUUUCAAAUUUAAGGUAAUAAUAGCCAAAAUAGAAAAAUUCUCUAAGUCAUCUGUGCUUUCCGUUCGGCUGCUUCGGCCUUAAAUUUUAAAUUCACUUUGAACUCUCAAUUAGUUAAUAACCCUGUUGGUAUGCAUAUAAUGUGUGUUUUAAAUGUAAAUCACUUAUAAGUGCUUUCAAACUAAAAUCUUAUAUAUUAAAUGUUAGAAUAAACAAUAGUAUAAAUGGGCAAUUUUGGUUAAAUAUUCCUAAUUUGUGAUAUUUAACCAAAACUGCCCAUUUACUGUUACUUGCACCAACAUUUACUCAUUCAAAAGCAUCUAUAAGUGACUGUCAUCAUGCAACUGUUAGUCAACAAGAACCAGAAAGUGUCUGUGUGUCUCACUAUGCACCCCCAACCCUCUAUUGUUUAGGAAACUACAUGCACAUAAUCACACUCAUAUACACAUACACAUUCAUAUACAUAGACAUUCAUAUUCGCACAUACUUACAUUCAUGUACACACAUACAUUCAUAGACACACAUUGAUAUAUAAACAAACCUAUACACAAACAUACAUUCAUGUACACAAAAAUACUUUACACGCUCAGACUAAUAUACACACAUUCAAAUACACACACAGAUUUCACACAUACACAUUAGUGACCCCAACAGCCUCACCACUUGUUCGGCCCCAUCUCUCUCUCUGCCCUCAGCUCUAUUACCCUCACCUUAGCCCUCACCCCCAUCACCCUCCCUCCUCAAAGUUCAAUUUUCCACUCCCUCCUCUCCCAGGCUCCAUUUCCAUUGCUUCCCCCCCAGCUUUAUCUACCUCUCCCCUUGUAACCCCACUUAUCAUUCCUGCCCAGUCUCCAACACAAUAAAUUGGUGGUAGAGUGCCACUGACAACUAGGAGCGGCACCAAGUUCUUCCACUGUGGAACAGAAUCCCUCAGUAAGAUUCCAGACACAUUACACUUCCUCAGCUGCCUGUUCAGGCAGGAGGGGAUGCUUCGGAUGCAGGUUAUCCAUAGAGUGGUACAAAAGGGCGAAGAGAGUUAAAGUAUAGUUAAAGUGGUUCUGUCAUGGGGCAAAGCUAUUUUUUUUAUUCCCCCACAACUCACAGAGUACUUAUAGGCACCCCCUAUGUUAAUCAUUUUCUGCACUUAGACCCUUUUUUUUACCAACUUAUUCUUUAUAGUUUCUUGCGCCGAAUUUCAUUCCAAGCCACCUCCAUGUUAACGGAUCCUGGAAGUUGCGUAUGUGUGCACCCUUUGUGUGCACUUUCUUAAAGUCCCGCACCUGCUGACUAUUUAUUUCCUUACUUGCGAUGCUCGGGGAUGGGCAGAGGAUGGAUUGUGAGAUUAGAGAGGAUGGACGCUAUGGACAGAUGGGUUUGUGGGAAAAUGGGACUUGACAAAGGAAGUGGAGCUUUUAAUUAACUUUGAAUUCUGACAACACUGCGAAUAACCCUUCCAGUGUUCCUUUUCAAUGUGAAUAUCAAUAAUAAUAAUCUGUAUAAUUUAGAUUUCCCUCCUUUUUAUUUUCUUGUUUAUGUAGGUAAAGCAGUGUUUCUCGCCAGAGACAAACAUCACUUAUUAGACAUAUCGCAUUUAAUGCGUCACGAUACGCCCUACCUGUUCCAGAAGUAUGUUAAGGAAUCUCAUGGAAAAGAUAUCCGCGUGGUUGUGGUCGGGGGCUGCAUUAUUGGCUCCAUGUUGCGCUGCUCUGCUGAUGGAAGAAUGCAAAGCAACUGCUAUUUAGGUAAUUCUGUAUAUUUUUACAAACUUAAAAAAAACUAGGAAAGAGCUUUAUAGUAGGUGUCAAGCUUUUAAAUGCUGUUGGUUACCCCUCAGCACCAGCUGAGUUAUUCUUAGUUGGAAAUACACAAACAACCAUUAAAGGGUGCAGUGUCCCUGUCCCACUUAGUCCUGCAAUGUAAAACACUGCAGUUUUAGAGUAACUGCACAUUUACAUUGCAGUACUAAGACUGCCUCCACUGUGUAUCAGAAAGCCACUAUAGGCGCUUCCUGGAGUUUCACGGACAUCCAGCAUCAUUGAGGCAAUGCUUUCCUAUAGAGAAGGCCUAAUGCACGCAUGGUGCUUGCCACGCAUGCGCAUUAUGUCCCAUUAGAAGGAACUGCAAUGCUUAUACUGCAGGGUUAAAGGAACACUAUAGGGUCAGAAACAAACAUAGUGUUAAAACUACUAUUUAGGUAGCUUGAAUCAGUGCAUCUCUAUGAGGAAAAUAUAGUGUCUCCAUGCAGAGCGUGGAGACACUGAAUGGCAGUGCUGCCUACUGUACAGCACUCCCUCAGGAAACACCUCCAAUUGUAAUCUGAGGAGUAGCCACUGGAGGUGUCUCUAGGAGGCAAUUUAAAUAUUACCUUUUCUCUGAAGAGGCAGUUUUUGCAUGAAAAUGCCUACAGGGAAUGAUUAUACUCACCAGAACAACUACAUUAAGCUGUAAUUGUUCUGGUGACUACAGUGUCCCUUUAGGACUGCCUGAAGCGGCUGUCUUCCAUCUGGGCAUUCCCAAUCUCCUAUAAUAUAGGUUCAAAAUGAUCUGUUUUUUAUGAGACUAUAUGCCUGCUAUGUCAGUGAACUGAUGUGUUCAAACAGAUGUAACUCUGUGGUCUUUGACUACAAGUUAAAGAAAGUAGAUAUGGUUGUAUGUAACUCUAUCUAUCUGCCUGAAUUGACAGCUUUCAGCUAAAAUCCUUAAAUAUAUAUUUUUAAAAAUGUCACUUGUAAACGUUUGCAAUAGUUCUUCUGUCAUAUCCCUACAUUAAAAUGGUAAUAUGUUAGAGAUGUAUAUAUUUAUAGAAAUAAUAACAACUCUAAAAUAAUCAGUACUUUAUUAAUGUCACAAUAAACAACUUAACAUAUAAAUUAACCCAAUAAAGGAUCAAUGUGUUCCUAUCCCCUUAAGAAUACAGAAACCUCCUUUAGAUGGAGUUAAUAUGUCUAGCCUUCAAGGGAGGUAACUAUGGGAACAUUACAAUAUAGAGUGAUUAUACUGUAAUUAUAGUGUUUUCAUUAUCAUAUGUUACUCACCACUUAUAGAAAAAGAACAAUUCAUAGAAAAAAAGAUAGCUGAGGAUUAUAAUUACUGCCUCUAAAAGAAGAAAGGGCAGAUCAGUACACUUACAUUUUUAAAACAAAAACAAAUCUCUUUAAAAAAAAAAAAAAAACUAUUACAAUUUCUGUAUUUUCAGCUAAUGUGUUUUUCCUCCCUCGCCAAUCGGGGACACUGACCAUCAGAUUCUUGCCCACCCCACAGACCUUAAAUAGGUCCCAGAUAGUUAAAGGGACACUAUAGUCACAAAAAUAACUUUAGCUUAAUGAAGCAGUUUUGGUGUAUUGAUCAUGCCCAUGCAGCCUCACUGUGUAAUUCUCUGCCAUGUAGGAGUUAAAUCCCUUUGUUUAUGAACCCUAGUCACACCUCCCUACAUGUGACUUACACAGCCUUCCUAAACACUUCCUGUAAAGAGUCAUCUAAAGUUUAUCCUUUCUUUAUUGCAAGUUCUGUUUUAUUUAGAUUUUCUUAUUGUUAAUAGCUUGCUAGACCCUGCAAGAGCCUCCUGUAUCUGAUUAAAGUUCAAUUUACAGAGCAAGAGAUAAAAUUGUUUAAGGUAAAUUACAUCAGACUGAAAGUGAAACCAGUUUUUUCCAUGCAGGCUGUGUCAAUCACAGCCAGGGGAGGGGUGGCAAGAGCUGCAGCAUGAUCUAUACUCUAAAACUGCUUCAUUAAGCUAAAGUUGUUCUGGUGACCAUAGUGUUCCUUUAAGCCUACAUUUGAAUUUUAAAAGAACACCCCCAGUGCAUAUCAACCUAAGCUCUAUAAAGUUGUUAUGGUGGCAGGAGUGCCUGGAUGCCAACUUGCCUUUUCGAAUGGUUCACCCUAAAAUUGGUCCCUUGGGACCCGACAACUCUGCCACUCUCAGUACUACCUCCAGGCAGGGUUUGCCGUGGAGAACAGUGAUAGGCUGAGAGCCCCGGUCGAUGUCAACCUAUCAUUAGCUGUCACGGCAAACUUCCUUAAGUGUACUGUGGCCACAGGAGGCUCAGAGGACCAGUGCCCAAGUGAAAACCGUCAAAUCCCUGAAGGUAGUAGAGUGCCCAGUGACUCCAGCCCCAUAACUGCAGCAAUCACUGAGGUUGGAAUACUCCUUUAACAAAGGUAAAUGUGGAUGAGAAUACGGAAUGCAUUAAGAGGAUGGCAUAACCACAAAAUGUAAGAUCUACACCCCUCUAAAUACUCCAGUGACUAUUAGUAGCUGUAUGCAAAGUUUAGUGCCCAUAUUAUGUUGGAGGAUUCAACUUGCAUCACCCUCUAAAAUUAAAAGUAGCUGUAUUUACAGGUAGAAGGUUUGAUGAGGUUAAUUGGAACUUUAGUUAAACAGCUCGAGAGGAUGAUGGGCACUGAAGUCACUAAAUAAAUUUUUUUGGUUAUUCAGGACUGUAGUAACCAAAAUCCGGAGUAUUGACAUCUUCAUAAUCAAAGGAAAAUCAGCUUGCUACAUUGGAGUAGAAGGGAUCUGUUUCACUUUUUUUGUGGCAAAGUUAGAAUUUGCUAUAAAUUGUGUUUUUUUGUCAUCUUUGAAACCAUCAAUAGACAAACAUGUGUGAAAGCUUUGAUGGUACAGUAGAAAAGGGCUGUGGUUACUGUUGUGCAAAAACAAAUGCGAAGGCCUUUGGAUAAGCCUAGUCAAAUAAAAACUGGGGAGGAUUAUAGGAAUUGCAGUCAAUCAAUAGCUGCAAAGGGUAAUUAUAACUAUAGACAAACAGCAGCAAGCGUGGUAGGUACAGUUGAUCGUUUGUUAUGUUAGAGGGGAAACCAAUUUACUGUGAUCCCCUAUUUGUCUUUAAGCCAUUCUCUUUAAAAUCCCUAAUGUAUCGUAUUGAUUUUUCUUGCAGGAGGAGUGGGUGUCAAAUGCUCUCUGAACGAGCAAGGAAGGCUGCUCGCUUUGCAAGUGUCUGAAAUUCUAGGCAUGGAUGUGUGUGGCAUCGACCUGCUUCUGAAAGAUAACGGAUCUUUUGUGGUUUGUGAAGCUAAUGCGAAUGUUGCUUUCGCUGAAUUUGACCCGGCGUGUCAAUUAGAUCUGGGCAGCAUUAUAGCAGAUUAUGCUUUAUCUCUCCUCCCCAGCAGGCUUUCAAAAGAGAUUCCUCUGCUAGAUGCAUUGCCCAUGUCGCGGGAAACAGAUGAGGCCAACAUGCAAGCCUCUUCCACCAUCCGCUCCUCAAAUGAUGCUUCAAGUUGUUGCAAUAGUGUUUCCGAUGGAGAAGAAAUCAGGGAUUCUAUAAACGUGCCAAAGCCAUGCUCCCCGGUAUUGUCCGAUUGCAUUUAUGACGUUGACAAGUAGACUACCUCUUUAUUUUUUUGGUAUGCGUUAAUGCAAUUGUCAGCCACAACUAUCCCUGAGACACCAUUGGGGCUACACACACACACGAUUGAUUGUUAAUUAAUGUGUUCACAGCCUCUUUAGUGUUGAAAGGCCACACUAAUGCUGCUUCCUUGUAUGUGAUUUGAAACAAUACUCCAUAUAGAAGUCAAUUUCCUUUUUCAGAUUUUGAAAAGAACAAAACAAAGUAAUCAGACCUAAUUGUAUUUGAAAAUCAUGGCAGAAAAGAAAACAUGUAAGUGCCUAAGAAAGGUGCUUUAAUAAUAAAAAAGAUGUUCAUACGUCAUAGCUUAUACAGAUUGAUUUAUACAGAGGUAGAAAACCUUCAGCACUCCAGAUUUUUGGGACUACAUCUCCCUUGAUACUUUGCCAGCAUUAUAGCGGUAGAGCAUUAUGGGAGAUGUGGUCCACGAAAUCUGAAGUGCGGAAGGGUACCUACUCCUGAAUUAGACACCUUUAACCUUAAUCUAGGGUAGUAAUGCCUAAACCUGGCACUGCAGAUGCUCAAGUACUGCACCCGCAGAGCCAAGAUUAGCCAUUGUUUAACUAGUUGGUUGAUUUGGUUAUGAAAAUAGGGGGC